AUUGAUACGAUGCUGACCUGGUGAUAGAUUGGAUUUAUUUCUCAUUCAUCGUUUUAAAAAGGUUUGGUCACGAAAGAGACAUUUAUCUAGUAAUGAUGUGAUCCUGUGAGAUUGGAUGUUGUUCUGUAUUGAGGUUGGAAGCUGUGCCUAAAAGAUUGGAUGCUGUAUAAGAAACACUGAACACUAGCCAUGAAGCUGACUCUGUUUGACAUUAAGUUUGAGAACCAGCAAGGGGUUUUCAACGCUGGCUGUGAAAUCAUCGGAAACAUUAUCAUCAAUUUGGAAAGACCCAUGAAAAUGAGACGAAUAACAAUCUAUUUUGAGGGGAAAGGAAAAGCCUUUUGGGAUGUCCGUUCAGGGAAACACACCACGAAAUAUAGAGGCCAUGAAAAUUAUCUCAACCAUACCAUUCUGGUGUUUGGAUCAGGACAAGGCUCAGAGAACGUUGUGGAACACCCUGCGGGACAACAUGUGUACCCCUUCUCUCUCCAUCUCCCGUCCACUGUACCAUCUUCAUUUGAGGGACGGCGUGGUUAUGUACGCUACACUUGUAAGGCAAAUAUCGACCGACCUUGGAAAUUUGACGAGAGUACUAAAAGAGCAUUUACUGUCAUCCGUCAUUUGGACCUCAACACAAUACCUAAUAUUUUGAUGCCAUCGAGGGCUGUUGAGCAGGAAACAAUUCAAGGAUGUUGUUGUGAAGAAGGAAAGGUGAAGGUCACCUUGGCAAUCAACAAGACCGGCUUCGUCCCAGGGGAACACCUUGUCUAUGAUAUUGAAGUGGAAAAUAAUAGUGAGAAUGCCAUCUCCCACCUGAGCUUGGAACUAAGACAGGAAGCAACAUACACUGGUUAUUCUGACAGUCUGUUUUCCUCAGGGAAUCCCCAUUACCAUCAGAAGGUAGACACCUUUAACCUUGUCAGCGGAAACUUGUCCAUCCCCCAGGGAACGACCAAGGCCUUCCAUCAGGCAGCCGUUAUACCCUCCCUGCCACCAUCAAAACUGGAGGGCUGUACCAUUGUGGACAUUUCCUACAUUGUUGUGCUGAAGGUCCCAUGCGGUUGGUCAACUAUAAAGAUGAUGCAAGCCAUUAUGAUCGGGACAAUUCCUGCCCGCCCUCCAGUCUUUACACCUCCUAUGUUACCUUCAGCACCAGGAACAGAUUUCUCUUCUAUCAGCCCCAACCCAAGUGUGGAACCACCAGCAUACUCUGCUCCAGAUGCACCCCCACCCUCCUAUGCUGAGUGUGUAUUUGGUCGUGUGACUAUCCAGGAUGAGAAUGAUGAUGAACAUACAGGUGGAGAGAGUUCCUGGGCACCUGCCUACCCUUACUAUGAUUGGAGUCGCCAUACCAACCAAACGUAUGGAGGUGCACAAGCAACAGUGCCACAGAUGGCGCCACCUGCUUAUGACGAAUAAUGCCUAUUAGAUCACUUGUGUAUUCGCAUUUGUAUUUUGCCUCACCUGUAAACUAUCUUGAAAAAAAAUUCAGAUUAUUUUUUAUAGAAAAUUUGUCCUAGCUACAAUUAUUGUAAGCAAACUGAUGAGGUUUGGUUUACCAAAUACUGAGCUACAUUAUUGCCUCCUGGGUAGAAGCUUUCCCGACUGUGUAUGUAAAAAACAGAUACUUACUGGAUUUUUAAACUUGAGGCUUUCAUGAAGCUGAAGGCAAGACAUUAAAAAAUCUCAGUCUUUAGCUGAUUUUAAAUUCUCCUACUUUACUGUCAUACCAUCAUUGUAUGAGAUGUUUAUUUUACACAUUUUUUAAACCCCUAACAACCUUCCAAAUGCUGGAUAAGAGAAAAGUUGUACAUUAAAAUAAUAUAGUAUAGUAUGUUGCAGUUCUAUGACAUAUAUGUUGUAACAUCUAAUGUAAAUAGGUAAAGACAUUAUUGUCUCCUACCCCGUACAGAGAUAUCCUCAAUAUUGUCUCCGCUAUAUCAGUAAUCUAUCUUUCAUCAAUGUCUUCCAGUUAAAGAGCAUUAAAUAACUAUAAAUCAGCAUAAUUUUCAAAGGUAAGAAAAUUUGUGUUACA